AUGGAUGAUGUGGAUCUCCUGUCACCCAGUGCCCUGUCUGGAGACACUGUUGUCAUCGCUGGCUGUGCAGAGGUGUCCCCAGGGGCUCGGGGCCGGCCCCAGAAGCAGAGCCCCACGGUGACACACAGCCCCGAGGCGCUGGACCCCGCGGAGCUGCAGCCCUUGGCCAGGCCCGACGCGGCACUUGCAGAGGCUCUGCUGCUCCUGGCUGACGAGGACUGGGAGAAGAAAAUUGAAGGCUUGAACUCUGUCAGGUGCUUGUCUGCCUACCAUGCUCCUGUUCUCACUGCAAAGCUCCACGAAACAAGUUUGGCUGUGGCUCAAGAGGUCAAGAAUUUACGCUCAGGUGUUUCUCGAGCUGCUGUGGUGUGUUUAGGGGAUUUGUUCACCCACCUGAAAAAGAGCAUGGAUCAAGAACUAGAUAAUGCAGUAAAAGUCCUUUUGCACAAGGCUGGGGAAUCCAACACUUUCAUAAGGGAAGAGGUAGACAAGGCACUGAAGGCCAUGGUUAAUAAUGUGACUCCAGCACGUGCUCUUUGUUCUCUUCUAAAUGGAGGGCAAAGAUACUAUGGUCGGAGGAUGCUCUUCAGCAUGAUGGCUCACCCUGACUUUGAUAGAACCCUGAAGAAGUAUGUGCCAGCCAAGGAUUUGCCUUACAUCAAGGAAAUUGUUGGCAGCCUACGGGCGAAGGGCCUGGGGGAGAUGCCAUUAGACACACCCUCAGCAAAAGGGAGACGUUCCCAGACUGGCAGUGUGGGACAUCUAAGGUCAUCAUCCACUUCCAGAGAUACUCUCAAUGUCCCUGACAGGGACACCAGAGAAUCCUGUGAAGUCCCAAGGAAAGCAGCCCCUCGGAGUGCCCUGGAGAGUGAGGAAUAUGUCAGGGAUAUUAUUGCUUUGCUGAAUGCCAAAGACUUCCGUGAGCGAAUUAAUGGCAUCAAGCAGCUGCUGGCGGACACCGAGAGCAAUCCAGGCCUGGUGGUUGCAAACAUUGUGAAGAUCUUUGAAGCCUUCAAAUCUCGCUUACACGACUCCAACAGUAAGGUGAACCAGGUGGCUUUGGAGACCAUGCACAAGAUGAUUCCACUGCUGAAGGACAACUUAGCCCCUGUCAUCAACAUGUUAAUUCCUGCCAUGGUAGACAACAACCUCAACUCCAAAAAUCCAGGGAUUUAUGCAGCUGCCACAAAUGUUAUCCAGGCUCUAUGUCAACACUUAGACAACUCUCUGCUUCUCCAGCCCUUCUGCACAAAGGCUCAGUUCCUGAAUGGGAAAGCAAAGCAGGACAUGACAGAAAAGCUGGCAGAGCUGGUGUCGGAGCUGUACCCCCGCAGACCCGGCGCGGUGGAGCAGAAGGUGCUGGCCGUGCUGUGGCACCUGCUGG